AUGACUAGUGUUCAAAAUAAAUGUACUUCAUAUAAUGAACUUACUAAGUAUACAUGUCACCAUAAAAACAAGGAAAGGUUAUAUAAAACGAGAAAUUUAAUUAUAUAUUCCUUCUCAGUUAUUAUAAGUUGGAUUAAUAGCAUGUCAAUAUGUGAUAUAACUGUGAAUGAAUAUAAUAUAUAUGAACUUAUAAAAAAUGGUGUAGUGCUUUUAAAAAUAAUAAAAAUCUAUAGGCCUCAUAUUGCAGUUCUUAAUAUAUUUUCUAAGGCAAUAAAAAAAAAAUGUGCCUUACAUAAUUUAGAGAAAGCGUUAGGAAUUGUUUAUAAAAAUAACCCUCAUUGUUAUAGCAUGGUAUCUUCACUGGAUAUUUAUGAUAUGAAAAAGACAAAGGUUAAUUUAUUUUUAAUACAAAUAUUUGAUAUGUUUGAAUUUCAAACCUUAAAAAAAAUAUCUACUACUUUAUUACAUUGGUAUGAUAAUUCACUUAAAAUGUUUUCUUUAAGACUAAAUGAAAGAACAAUAAAUGAUCCUUUUUAUAUAAAAAAAAAUAAUGACAAACAAAAGUAUACUUUUCAAAUGACAGAAGGAGAAUAUAAGUAUAAAAAGAAUAAUGAAAUAAAUGAUAAGAAAGAUGAUUAUGAUAAUAUAAAAGAGAACCUAUUAAAUAAUUUUCAAAAGGAGGUAUUAAAAGAUUUUGCAUCGUAUAUAUUAUAUAAAGAUAAAGAAGAGCACAACCAAAAUAAAAAUAAAAUAAAAAUAAAAAUAAAUCAUAAUAAUAAUAAUAAUAAUGAUAACCAUUUGUGUUGUAGUAGUGAUGGGGAUAUACCCCAUAUUGUUAAAGAUUUUUCUGACUGUAUCAAAAUAUUUUUCAUAUUUUAUAAAUAUGGUUAUAUAUUAAAAAAUGAACUUAUAAAUAUAAUCCAAUCAGAUAUAGAGAAUAAUUUAUUUUAUUCUUUAAAAAAAUUACUGAAAAAAUUACAUAUCCCUAUUGUCAUACAAAAUAUAUAUUUAAAUAACCCUUGUGAAGUAGUACUUAUUUUACAGCUAAAAUAUAUUUACAAUUUUAUUAUGAAUAAUGAUAAAAAUUUAUUUUCUAAUUAUUAUAUAAAAGAAAAAAAGCUAUACACACCAUAUGAUAAAAGAUUAUAUCUUAAUGAUAAGGAACAACAAAAAAAAAAUUGUAUACCAAGAAAUAACUUUGUACAUAAGAAUAAGUUAUCACCGAAUGAUAAUUUAAAAAAAGAAAGAACAGAAGAAAUAAGAAAAAUGUUUUAUGACAAAAUUAGGAAAUAUAUGAAAAUAUGA